AUGAAACCAGAAGCAAAAAAAGCGAAUAUCUCUGCGAGAGAGCAUAUUCAUGAACUGGAGGAUAAGGUGAGGAGGCUGAAAUAUAUGGGAGAUGGCCUUCGAAAUGAGCUGUUUGAUACGUCUCAACGUGGUCAUCGCUUAGCGAGUGAUAUGGGCUUCGAGAACAUCGAAGACGCGGAGUCUGCUGUAGCAGCGCGCCCACGGAUUUUCAAUCGCCUUUUCAUAGAGAAUGCCGCAACGCGAGUUGAGCUACUUGAAACCCAAGUCGCGAAGCAUAUCGAGCUGGAUGCCGAAGCUCGCGAAGCAUUAGUGGACGCAUCUCAGGAAAUACACGAACUGAAGAAGGAGAAUGAGAGGCUGGUGGCAGAACUGAUAGCGGCAAAUCAACAGAACGAGGCUUUGAAGGGUACACUGGAUAGAUUUGAGGGGAAACUCGAGACUCCUGUACGCCCGUUGGCUUCCACUACAGGACUGCCCACCCCAGCUUUGACGGUAGUUAAGAAGAGGGCACUGGGUGAUGUUACACCUCUGAUUGCAACUUCGUCUCCAGUCUUGCACAAGGAAAAUAUUGUGUCUAGCAGGUCCAAUAUCACUCCACAGCUGUCUCCCUUUGUGGACGACCACUCGGACAGUCCUGUAACUGACCUGAGCCUCCUCAGUGCUCGAUACACCGAGUUGCGCGAGAAGUACGAAACGCUACAGGACCAGAAGAAGCGGGACGAUGCAAAGUAUAAGGAUCACUAUCUGAAGUGGAAAAAUUUCAAGCAGUGGAUUACCAACAGGCAAGAGGGAUCACUGUCCGACACAAUGAUAGAUGGCAAGCCAGUGAACCUUGAAAACUUGCAAAAAGUACGCAAGAAUUAUCUGAUGAGAGGACCACGGGUGAGUAUACCCGAGAGUGCAAAUUUGUCUGAUGUUGCGGUGGUGACGAAGGCUUCAGCAACGCCACCCACGACCGACGAGAUCAAGGAAACACGAACAUCUGACAGAAAUGAGUUUGCUGAAGCUUUACCGCCCAGCUCUCUCACUAGACGUCUCUUGGAAGAAGCCCAGCAGGAUGCUAUCGAUUCUGCGGUCAUGAAGCCAAGGAUACAACAUUCGCCAAACAGCUCACCGAUCGCAACACCUUCAAGGCGCAGAGGCCGGAAGCGCAAAUACGGGGAGACACUUUCGUCCGAAACCGAAGAUGAUUCACAGGCGCCUGAUCCUGUUUAUUUUACUCAGCCAGGGCUUCGUAUCCGAAGGCUCGCAAGCAAUAGCAAUCAGUGUCAACGUGAUGGAGCUGCGCAGGCUGAUCAUACGGGUCUUAGCAAAGACUCGGCCGAUGUUUGCAAAUCUGGCCGCGUAGUUCAAGAAGGCGUCGCUUCAUCUUCGUUGUCGCGUAGUUCCACGCCUCACCGAUCUAGUACAGGCACCACUUCAACAGCACGAAAUAACGCGGACAAAGAGAACGGGAGUGUUCAAAGGAGUACAAAGGCGCGAUCGGGAGACUACUCUGUCUAUAAAGGGCGGGGUCGUUACGCUGCGCCUAAUAGCUCUGAGGACGCAGCGAUCAAUGCGUUGUAUGAGAUUGACCCCGUGCAGAACGGUGGAGUACAGUUUCAGUUCGAGGAAGUAGUCCGGAACAAGGAGCGCCGCAAGCGGUUGGAUGCCGGAGAUUGUGACGAUUGCCGCAAUUAUUACGAUGCGGUUGGCCCCCUUCCUGCUCGUUUGAAGCCUCCUCUAUGGCGCUCUCCGCAGUCCAGCCCAUCCAGACGCAAGACUCAUUGUCACAAGCACAAGCACAAUAUGGCGGGCCCGUCGACCAGUUUUGACCCUGAUUUCGAUUCUGAUGAAACUGGGCGGCGAGAACAGGAUGUUCGGCAGCAUAAACAAGAGAUCUCGCGACAUCGUCAGCGGUGGGCACCCCCAACGACGCCGCCGAAAUAUUGGAGCAUCGGAUUUCCUGAUACUCAGGAGACGGUCGCAAUCAACGAUCGUGCCCGUGAAAUGCACGCCGAAAAACGUGCACGGAUCGAGCGAGAGGCAGAGUAG